AUGUCAGCGACGCAGGACCACGCCGUGCUGGCGGACAUGGGCUGCCGCAACACCGUCUUCAACGCCGCGGCGCAGUCUGCGGCAAAUGACCUGCGCUGUGCCGCCACUGCCGAAGCCAGGGGCCAGGACCUCGCGCAUCUCGCCGCGGCUGGCGUAGGCUACCUCCGCCUCGAGCUCGUCGACGAGCCCGCGGAGGCGGUGGGGCCCCUGGUGCGGCACUACCACGGCGCCCUGCGCGGCGAGGUGGGCCCCCAGGAGCUCUGGGAGUUUCUGGAGCGCCUCCCAGACAGCAACGGGCGCAUGCAGGGCGUCGGCAGCGGCUCCUUGGACGACGGGGGCUGGCGCGCGCGGGCCCCGACGUCCUUGCGCCCCGCCGCGUCUGCCACCCGCCGCGGACCGAAGGAGAGGGGGGAGGUCAAGAUCUCGUACGGCAGCGGCGUCGUGGUCGGCUAUUCGGUCCACGACACCCUGCAGUUCGGCUCGGCCACGCUCGAGAACCAGGCCUUCAUCAUCGUGGAGGACGCGGACCUGCCUCCCGAGCGCGAGUGGGACGGCAUCUGCGGGCUCGGGUGGCAGGGGCUUGCCCAGGUCUCCCCGACGCUCUUCGAGAACCUGCAGAGGCACGGCGAGGAGGCGGUGUUCUCCAUCGUGCCGUCCGCGGGCUCCCAGCCCUUCGGCGGCGACAAGACGGCGCACAUGUUGGUGGGGAAGGUGCCGAAGGCCGCGUACAAGGAGGGCACGCUCGCGUGGGUCCCCUGCAGCUCCUACUCCGGCGGCAUUGCCCCCGCCGGCGGGCUGAGUUUCUGGGUCGUCGACGGAGGCCUCAGGAUCCACGCCCCGGAGCCGAUCCCCGCGAGGUUUCUGGUGGACACCGGCACCAACCAGGUGCUGCUCGUGCCGCAGCACCACUACGACGACUUCAUCCGCUCGCUGAUCCCGGCGGGGAAGUUCGACGAGCAGUGCGGGAACGACCCGAGGGCAGGUGUCGUCUGCGACUGCAGCAUCAUGGAGGAUCCCAACAUGAAGCCGCUGCAGAUCGUGCUGGGUGGCCACACUUUCGUGCUGCCGCUGUCGAAGAUGUUCGUGCCGGCGCCGGCCCGCGGGGGCGGGCAGCUGUGCGCGCUCACGAUCCAGCCGAACACCAUGGGAGGCGGAGGCCUGGGCGGUGGCCUGGGCGAGCUCGGCGGGCUCGGCGGGCUGCUGGGCGCCCUGCUGGGCUCCGGGAUGUCCUCCAACAGAGUGGUAUCGAACAAGGUCGUGCCCGGCGCCGCGGCGGCCGCUGCUCCGCGGCGCCCGCCAUUCUCGGUGCCACGCCGGCUGCAGGAGCAGCAAGGAGCGGGCCCCGGCCAGGGCGGCUCGGAGCUCGCCGGCAUCCUCGGCGAGCUGGGGCUCGGCGGCCUGCUCAGGCCCCCGGGGGCGCAGCCCUCCGGCUACGCGCCGCCGCAGCAGGGCGAGUAUCCCGGGCCUGAGCAGGAGCAGGAGGAGGAGGAGGAGGAGGAGGAGGAGGAGGACUCGAACGAGCGGGCGUCGGACGGCUACCCGGGGUCUGAGCCAGCGGACCCCUACGAGCAAGCGUCGCAGCCGUACGGGGACUCAGGCCGCCACGGCAGCGUGAGCGACAGCCUGAGCGGCCUCCUCGGG